AUGAGAGCCCCAUUACUGCUUAACCGAAAGCAAUCAUGUUUUAGGCAAUUCCUUCGACGCCUAGGCCAGAAAGCUGUAAGCCUUCUAACCAAGCUUUAUAGGUGCAUCCCCAAUCUAAGGCCGCGACCGUAUUCAGCGUAUUGGAGACAAAAUAUAUGUCCUACCGUCGACGUUGCAAUAAAAAAAGACGACUCGGUUAGCCAGGAGAUUAAGCUUAUGGUUCAAGAUCUUAUCUACAGUGGCUCGGCUGGGCUAACUCUCUUGGGGGAUGGCGAUGAGGAUAAGGCGCUGCCGACGCAGAACAGAACUGAAGAACCUCAUUUCGAUGGGGUUGACCUUUAUGAUGUAGAAACCCUACAAAAGCAGGGUAAUUUCGAGCUGGCUUUGAUGGCGGGAGGUCAGGAGGAAGUGGACACCGACGAGGAUGAAAACUUUUCGGGGUAUGAAGAUUGCUGGGAGUGUGUGAGGUACGAGGAGUGGGAGGAGGAUCGGUGGUUACAUCCUAUGCAAGGGAUCUCGGAGAUAUAAAAACUGACAGCCUACAUACAUAUGUGCAUACAUACAAAUUUGGAGUUAAAUUCUCACAGCUGGAACUUCGCUCAGCUAAGCAGGCCCCUAAGCUGUGAAGUGUGGCAACAAUGCACACCAACAAUAGAUUUUUUCAUUUGGCGCCAACACGAAAUAACAAUGUGGAAUCACUAGAGCAUUCUGAAGAGAGGACGCGAGGGUGGAGAAAUCCAAAUCGGACCGGGGGACACAGAGCUUGAGCAACAUCAACGGAGAGAGUGUGUGCUUAUAAACAUUGCCCGAUGUUUAGUUUUUAGCCGGUGCAAAAAGUCGCAAUGGAGCGUCCGCUGAAAGCUUCCGCUCUCCCUAGAAUUUUGUUCACCUUCGAUUCGGUUUCAAAUUCGCAUUUAUGUAUGUAUGUACAUAGGUAUGUUCGUUCAUAUUCCGAUUCCGUUCCAACCUUUCCCCCUUCCACUCCGGUACUUCAUUAUCAUCGCCCACGCGGACAGCCGGCAAGUC